AUGAGAGCGUUUUCAAAGCGUACAACAAUUGCCUACGUCCCCUCGUUCAAAGUGAAACCGUCGACAAGUUUGCUGUCAGUUCGCAGUCUCGCAUCAGCCAGGCCGCCACGUUCAACCGCCCUUCGUCACGUACCUGUAGUGAGGCUAUCCAUUCCGAGACUUGCUCGCUGCCACUCGACCGGGAAGCGCCUCGCUCAAUCUACAGCCUCCAAGGCUCUCCAAAGCUCCUCAAGUCCACUGUUCUAUAUUAUACCUUUGAUUGCCGGAGCUAUCGUCCUGUACAGUGCCGGGAUUCAUUGGACCGGACCCGCCGAAGCUGACCUGCCAACUUCCGAGAAAACACCUCGAGACCUCGCUGUGGACGGGCUUGUUUUUGAGGCCAUGUCGAUUCCUCCCGGCCGCCUGGGGAACUUGACCCCCGAGCAAGAGGAGAAGCUGUUUGAGCUAUGGAAACUGAUCUUUCAGGUAUGCGGUGUGGAGGACGAUGGUAUUUCAGAGGCCGCUGCGGAUGGUGCCUCGACUUCUCUCCAAGCUCAGACAUCAACAGCCAGCUCUGAGAAGCCCAAGAAAGAUAAGAAGCGUCUGGGUCUAUUCAAGAAAAAGGAUAAGAAGGACAAGGAGAACGGUGCGGAGAAGGCAUCGGGAUCUUUGGAUACCAUCAAGGACCAUGAUCCGGAUGACAAAUACGGCCAGAACAAGAUGUUCCAGGAGACGCUUGCCAACAGGUCUCCUGAAAGCAUACGGGCCUCCCUGUGGACAAUGGUCAAGAUGGAUCACCCUGAUCAACUGGUCCUGCGCUUUCUCCGGGCACGGAAAUGGGAUGUGCAGAAGGCUCUCAUCAUGCUGGUCUCAACCAUGAAGUGGAGACAGGAUGCCAAGGUCGACGAAGAUAUCAUGCUCCAUGGCGAAGAACACUUCUUCCUGCAGGAGCAGUCUGGAGCUACCGAGAAGGACAAAAAGUUUGCCAAGGACUUCCUGGACCAAAUGCGUAUGGGUAAGAGCUUCUCACACGGUAUUGACAAGGAUGGAAGGCCCGCGACCGUUGUCAGGACGCGUUUACACCGUGCUGGAGAGCAGUCCGAGGAGAGCUUGGAGCGCUACACGAUCUAUCUCAUCGAGACAAACCGGCACCUGCUUUCUGCUCCCGUCGAUACUGGCACUGUGAUCUUUGACAUGACGGGCUUCAGCAUGGCCAAUAUGGACUACACGCCCGUCAAGUUCAUGAUUCAAUGUUUUGAAGCCAACUAUCCCGAGAGUUUGGGUGUCGUUUUGGUGCACAAGGCACCCUGGGUUUUCCAAGGUUUCUGGAAAAUCAUCAAGGGGUGGCUGGACCCUGUUGUUGCAAGCAAGGUUCACUUUACCAAUAAUCUCAAGGACAUGUCGGAGUUCAUUACGCCCAGCCGGAUUCCGAAGGAACUAGAUGGUGAGGAUUCAUGGGAGUAUCAUUAUGUGGAACCAGUCAUUGGCGAGAACCAAAAGCUGAAGGACACGGAAACGAGAGACAAGAUGCUCGAGGAAAGGGAGGUGUUUUACGAUGAGUAUGAGCAGGCGACGUUGCACUGGCUGAGGGAGAAGGAUGCCGCAAAGCGAACCGCUGUGCAGGCCGAGCGCAACGAAAUCGCGAGGAAAUUGAAGGACGGCUACUGGGCACUCGAUCCCUAUGUCAGAUCAAGGUCUUUGUACGACAGAGUUGGCAUUCUACACGAGGGCGGAAAGCUAGACUACUACGCUUGGAACAAGGCACCCUCCACUGGUGCUGUCGCAACAAGCGUAGAGACAGCGGCAGAUGACGUCGACUAG